GGAGGAGCUUAGUUCUAUGUAAAUGAAAAAAUCGCAUUUUGGUGGCCCACCGCGUCCGCGCGCGACCGUAUUGAUCAAUUGUUUGACAAACAGGUGUGCUCGGGGUUGUGAUUCACUAUAUUUUAGGUACCUCGUUUUAUUUUUAGAGAUUCAGUAGCUGUAGCAUUUUAUUACUGAAAGUGUCUGUCUCUGUGUCAAUGCUGAUUGAUAUGAAGAGAAGUGGCAUUGUUCUUGUUGUAGUCGGGUUGCGUUGUGUCAUCGAAUAUUGAUAAAAGAAGUAGAACAAAAUAUCUGGUACUGGUAUUGAUAGAACUUACUUGUGUGUAUCAGUGGUUAUUAUCUCAUAUUUAGUACGUAG